AUGAAAUACGUUAUAGAACAUAUGGAAGAAGGAUUUUCCGAAUGGGUUAUUUUAGAAUAUAGCCAAAUUAUUCGUGAUAUAGGUAAAGAAAAUCUUAUUCUUACAUCACUUCCAUCCGGUACUACAGAAAAAGAUAUUCCUAAAAGACUUAUUGAUCUUGGAUUACAAUGGACAACUAAAGAAUGUGUUGAACUUGAAGAAAAUGGACUUGAAUCAUCAAAAGUUUGUUUAUUAGAUCCAGCAGCUGAAAUUGAUUUGACUCCUGGUGAUAAAUCUAAAUUUGAAUAUUUUGUAUUUGGUGGUAUUUUAGGAAGUCAUCCAAGAAUUGAUCGUACUGGUAUUUUAAGAGAAAAAUAUGGGUUUAGUGGUAGAAGAUUAGGUGCUUUACAAAUGACUACUGAUACUGCUAUUAGAACUACUCAAAAGAUUAUUGAAGAUGGAAUAGAUUUUGAAAAUAUUAAAUUUUUGGAUUAUCCAGAAAUUAAAUAUAAUAAAUAUGAAUCAACUGAAAUGCCAUUUCGUUAUGUUGUUGAUAAUAAAGGUGAACCAAUUUUACCUGAAGGUAUGUUGGAAUUGAUUAAAAAUGAUGCCGAACAAAGUAUUGAUGACUUGUUAAUAGAAUAG